GGUCACACUAGUAACUUGUAUGAGGAGAUAUCCCCCUACACACGAACACCAGCUAUUAUCGGUAGACGGGGAUGUGGUCACACUUGUCAAGAAAGAACCAUCGUCCCCGCGCAGCGGUGACGCCGAUAGUAAACAAACCACCAUGGAGCUUUCCUCCGAAGAUGAGUUUUGUGGCUAUUUUUCAGCUAUUACGGCGCUUACACAGUGUGCAUUAGCCCUUGCUGCUGUAAAACAAAAGAAAAAGGAGCCAAAAAGACUGUGGAUGAGAAAGUGGCUACAAAGAAAAGAUAAAAAUGUAAGCAAUAACUUGCUAAAAGAAUUGCAAAUUGAAGACGGCCGUGGAUUUUAUGAAUAUCAUAGAAUGUCUGUAGAAAAUUUUACAGUGCUCCUCAAUUUGGUUGCCCCGUUGAUAGCAAAACAAGACACGAAGCUCAGAAAUGCCAUUCCACCGGACCAGCGAUUAUCAGUAACACUCUUCUAUCUUGCUACAGGACAAUCAAGGCGUGCACUGGCAUGGUCCUAUAGAAUGAGCCACAACCUGAUAGCAGCCAUAAUUCCAGAAGUGUGCAAGGCCAUUUACUCUGUGCUGAAGGACUCGUAUCUCAAGCUUCCAACAACAUCAGAGGAAUGGCAAGAUGUAGCUUCUGGAUUCCAUAACUUAUGGAAUUUUCCCUUGUGUCUAGGAGCCAUGGAUGGCAAACGGGUACUCGUAAGGAAACCUGCAAAUACUGGCUCAGAGUACUAUGACUACAAGACGAACCACAGCAUCAUAAUGCUAGCCUUAGUGGAUGCCAAUUACAAGUUUUUAUAUGUAGAUGUUGGAGCAAAGGGCCGUGCAAGUGAUGCUGGUGUAUGGGAUAAAUGUACACUCCGUGAAUGCAUAGAGAGACAGCAGUUGCAAAUCCCUCCAUCUGAAAAUUUGCCCUUCACAAAUACAAAGGCUCCAUAUGUUAUAGUAGGUGAUGAUGCCUUUCCACUCAAGACCUAUUUAAUGAAGCCAUAUCCUGGAAGAAACAUCACCAAAGAACAAACAAUUUUUAAUUACAGAUUGUCACGAGCCAGAAGAGUCUCUGAAAAUGCAUUUGGCAUUCUUGCCUCAAAGUUUAGAGUACUUAUGCAGCCAAUUGCAUCUAAACCAGAUAAUAUAAAAAACAUAAUUUUUGCAACAGUUGUGCUUCACAAUUUCUUGCGUGUGAAAAGUGGAAAGCCUGUUAGACCUGAAAUGCUUGUGAGGGAAGACACAGAUAAUGGUGUCCUCAUUCAGGGCGAAUGGCAGUUGCCAAAUAUGAUGGAAAACCUUCAAGCAAUUGCACGAGGCCACUCAAAUGAUGCUAAAAUUGUAAGGGAUACUUUCCGAGAAUUUUUCCUUACCAGAGGUGCUGUACCUUGGCAAGAGAGAAUGGCAUAUCUUCAUUAAUGUUGAAAUGUAAAGUGCAUGUUAUAAGGUUAAGUCUGUAUUUUUUAAGCCAUGUUUAUUGUGAUUUUUGUUCAGUUAACAA